UGUAUCACUCUGUAGAUCUGACCAGGUUCCGGUCACCAAUUAUAUACGUACCAUGUCGAUUCAGCCACUUGGAUCUGCUUAGAUUCGUGCAUAUACGAUUACCCAGAAAAAGCCCGCGGCGCACUGCCAAGCUGUGACCUCGUGAAAACAUUUAUGAGCCAAACUCAAAUGAUCAGUUUUCACAGUCCUCAAUCAUUAAUCUAACUCCUAUCAAGCCCUGCGUGCUUGAUAGUUCAUUGACCAAGAUCAUUUAUUCACCCUCAACUAUUCUAGGCGAUGCAUUCGUGUAACUCUGGCUCCAAUUGCCCAGACGGGUCUUGGCCCAAAACAGCAAUUGUCGCACGGCGGUCUCCGCACCCUUUCGCAAAAUCAGACGUCACCACAACACGGGGCACGGACAGAAAAUUCCCCAUCAUUUCGAAACUCUUUCUUUACUAGUAGGCACACUCAAAACAUGCACCAAUUGACCGUCCCAGUUGGUGAAGCCAAAGCGGGCGAAACCGCCCCUAGAAGAAGAACCGCUCAAAAAGACGCAGCUUUGGAGAGACCCCUUGACUCCUCCGCAACCACCUUGCCCGAAUUCUUCGAGGAGUGUGUGGCGAGACAUAAGGAAAGGAAGGUCAUGGGAUGGAGAGAUUUGAUUGAGAUCCACACGGAGUCCAAGAAAGUGAAGAAGAUUAUUGAUGGAGAAGAAAGAGAAGUCGACAAAGAAUGGACCUUCUAUGAAUACUCCAAAUACCAGUACCAAUCUUACAACAGCCUCUUGACUCAGGUCAAGCAAUACGCCCAUGGACUUGCCAAGAUUGGCUUGAAGCCCAAUCAGGUAGACAAGUUACACAUCUAUGCUUCUACUUCCCACAAAUGGAUGAAGACGUUCUUGGCAUCGUCCUUUCAGAACAUGUCGAUUGUCACCGCCUAUGACACUUUGGGCGAGCAGGGAUUGAUACAUUCCUUGGUCCUGACUGGGUCCAAUGCUAUUUUCACCGAUAACACGCUUUUGGGAUCUUUGGUGCGUCCAUUGCAGAAAGCUGAGCAUAUCAGGUACAUCAUCCACGCUGAAGACAUCGACCCAAAUGAUAAAAGAGCAGGUGGUAGUAUCUACAAGGACGCUGAGGCUGCAAAGAAGAAGAUCUUGGAAGUCCGUCCCGACAUCAAAUUCUACUCUUUCGACGAGGUAAUCGCCCUCGGUGAGGAGGAUGCGCAAAAGCCCUUGGAGAACAAGGCAAAGCCUACUGACAUAUGCUGUAUUAUGUACACAUCUGGAUCCACUGGUGAUCCUAAGGGUGUUGUUAUCACUCAAGCCAACAUUUUGGCUGGUGUUGCCGGACCUUCGACCAAUGCUGGGAGAGACUUGGUCAAGCCUUCCGACCGUGUUAUCGCUUUCUUACCCUUGGCCCACAUUUUUGAAAUGGUUUUCGAGCUUAUCUGUUUUUGGUGGGGUGGAUGUCUCGGUUAUGCCAACGUCAAAACUUUGACUGAUGCUUCGUGUAAGAACUGUAAUUCUGACUUGUCAGAGUUCAAGCCAAACAUCAUGGUCGGUGUUGCCGCUGUUUGGGAGUCUGUCAGAAAAGGUAUUCUUGCCAAGAUUAAGCAAUUACCUUCGAUAGUUCAAAAAAUCUUUUGGACAGCUUUCAAGCUCAAAUCUACAAUGUCCCAAUACAACAUUCCAGGUGGAAGUGUGUUUGACGUCAUCUUCAAGAAAGUGAAGGCAGCUACUGGAGGAGAGUUGCGUUUUGUCAUGAAUGGUGGCUCUCCUAUCUCUAGAGAUACCCAGGUGUUCAUCUCUACUUUGAUUGCACCAUGCUUGAUUGGUUACGGUUUAACCGAGACUUGCGCCAAUUCCACAAUUGUUGAAAUCAACAAAUUCGAAUAUGGUGUUGCUGGAAGUUUAGUUGGUAGUGUUACUUGCAAAUUGAUUGAUGUGCCCGAUGCAGGGUACUUCGCAAAGAACAAUCAGGGUGAGGUCCUUUUAACUGGUGCAUCUGUCACUUCUUCGUAUUUCAAAAACGAGAAGGAAACCAAAGACUCAUUUACCGAGGAUGGAUGGUUCAAAACCGGCGACAUCGGACAAUGGACUGCCUCUGGUGCCUUGCAAAUCAUCGACCGUAAGAAGAACUUGGUGAAGACUGCAAAUGGUGAGUACAUUGCAUUGGAAAAAUUGGAAUCUACCUACAGAUCAAAUUCCUUGGUUGCAAACAUUUGUGUGUAUGCUGACCAGAGCAAGGUUAAGCCAAUUGCCAUCAUUUUGCCAAAUGAGCCACACUUGAAAAACCUUCUUAAAGACGAUAAGCUUGUCCAUGCAGACUCUUUGCAUUCCAAGGAACUAGGAGAUUUCUACACAGACAAAAAGGUUAUCGCAGCAGUUCACAACUCAUUGUUGCAAACUGGUAAAACACAGGGUUUGAAAGGCAUUGAACUUAUCCAAAACGUGGUCUUGAUUGACGAAGAAUGGACGCCACAAAACGGGUUUGUAACUUCGGCUCAAAAGUUGCAAAGGAAGAAAAUUUUGGAGGCUUAUAAAACUCAAAUUGACAAAGCCUACAAGUAGACUAAGUUGUUGCACUGGUUUACGUCUUGGUUGGAUGAAAGGAAAAGAGGACAUGUUAUGAUUCAAACGCCUAUUUAAUUGGGUGCAGCAAUCGUUAGGUGUGCUUUGAUAUGAGCUCCAGUUGUUGUUUCUGAGUUCAACUCUUAUCGUUGUUUCUGAUUAUAUGAUUGAAAAAAAAAAAA